AUGGUUAUCGCGAUUCCUGUUGAAAUCGCACGUAUCGUUACGACAUACGUUGUGGACAAGGGUUCCCUUGCGAACCUUCUUCUUGUAUCGCACGCCUUUCGUCUUCUGGCUGAACCGUUCCUUUACUCCGACGUCUCUUUCCUUGUUCCAUUCCGGCAAGAGUAUGGCGGUUGGGGUCAAGCCGAAGGACGUUCCGACGCUGAUAUCUCGGCUAUGGCCAACAGCUUUUUGUGCGGUAUCACCGCCGGAAGUGGAGUUUGCGCCCGUUAUGUCAAACGUAUCUAUCUUCCCGGUGUUGCCUUUCGAGGAACGCAGUACGCGCUAUUCCAAUCGAUCUUACAGUCCACUCCAAGUCUCGAAGACCUGCAGGUUCACUUUGCAUGGUGGAUGGAAGCUAUACAGUUGAGGACAGUCAAAGUCCGCUAA